AGAAUGUAGCGUGUUGACAUGCGGAGGGCAGCAGUGAGCAGGAGGCAGGCUGGCGGUUUUCGAAGGGCCUCCUUAUUUUCAGUAGAAGAAGAAAUCGGUGCGUCGGCAAAACAGGUCCGCCUUCUUCUCCGCCAGACCGAACGGUGUCCCCGGUUGGACAUAGAGGAAAAGAAUGGACGCCCUCUCUCAUAUGCUGUCAGACCCUCUUGAUCUUAAAGAAGAAAACGAUGGUCAGAUAACAGAAGAAUGCAUGUUGGGAGACUGUAGAGUAACCCUUCCAGAGGAUCUACUUGAGGACCCGGACCUUUUCUUCUCUGUAAUGAGCAAAACUACCUGGAGUGAAGUACUGUCAGACUCCCAGAGGCAGCACCUUCGUCAGUUUUUGCCACAGUUUCCUGAGAAUAGUGUUGCAGAACAAGACGCCACCAUCAGUGAUCUGUUCAACAACAGAAACUUUCACUUUGGAAACCCUCUUCAUCUUGCUCAAAAACUUUUCAGAGAUGGCUACUUCAAUCCUGAGGUGGUCAAGUACAGACAACUGUGUGCAAAAUCCCAAAAAAAGCGACAGUUAUACUCCCUUCAACAGUAUUAUCACAGACUAUUAAAGCAGAUCCUCGUUUCCAGAAAGGAGCUUUUGGAGUUUGCAGUUCAAAAUGGCCUUGACUUUCCACCUAAAAGAAAGUUGCCAAGCAAGAGUCACGCUGAAAUGCGGGAGCCAAGGGUGAAAAGACGGUUGAGCCGCAUUUUAAAGGAGAUAAAAACGGAGUGUGGAGACAGCAAUCCCUCAUCUGAUGAUGAUGACCUCUCUUCAUGGACACCAGCACCGCAAUCACCUUCUUCUCCGACACCCACUGUCUCACUCAGAGUUCUUCCCAGCCUCUCGACUCAGGACAUGAAGACUACUGAGAAAAUUGAACUUGGUGAACAGGACUUGAAAGCCAUGCUGCAAAAUCAUCGUGAGAGGAGGAAGCGGCAGCCUGACCUUCCAGAGUUGAUGACCUCUGAUAUCCUUAUUGGAGACGUAUUGUCAAGAGCAAAUAUUGGUCGAAAGGGCACUAUGCCACUCUUUGAUCUGUCUCUGCCUAAGAAGAGGAUGAGAGAAGAGAGAAGGAAGAAGAAAAUGAGGACAAUAAAGAUGGAGUCUGAAGAUCCCUGUGAUGCUGUUGCGCCUACGGAUGCUUCAUCAGCUCCAACAAUGAGCAUCAUUAACUCCUUGCCAGAUACACCUUCUACUCCUUUACCCCACAUCAAGGAAGAAAUUGUGGAGGAGCCUCAGAGCAGCCCGUCUACAAUUGAGGAAAUAGCGGUCAGCUUUUUCAGCUUGUUGGAAAGCAUUUUAAGAGCAGAAACCUUUGCCAGUACUUCUGUGAUAGAGGAGAAAGUUCAAAUGUGGCAGUGUUCUCCUGCCAGCUCCCUCAACGUUUGGUUUUCAUCAGCAUCAUGUUGGUCUGACUUGGUUCUUCAAGCUCUGCAGUUUCUUGCAGGAGAGACUAAAGAUGGCAUGAUGGCACUUCCCAGUGGAUUUUCUCCAUUUGUGGAAUUUGUUGAAGAAUCUCAGUUGUGGAGGUGGAUUGGUCCUACUUACGAUACAGAGAAGGAUCUCAGUGCUCUAUUCCAGUUGUGGCUUGACUCCAAGGAUUUAUUUUUCAAGACAGAAAACGAAGAAAUGACUUCUCCUACACCAAGAAUUUCAACUGAUUACGUGGUGCGACCCAGCACUGGAGAUGAAAGACAAGUGUUUCAAGUCCAGGAACAGCAGCGAUACAAUCAGCCCCAUAAGGCCUUCACCUUUAGGAUGCAUGGCUUCGAAUCUGUGGUGGGACCUGUUAAAGGGGUGUUCGACAAGGAGAUGUCUCUCAACAAAGCCAGGGAGCACACGCUGCUCCGUUCAGACCGACCACCAUAUGUCACCAUUCUUUCUCUCGUGCGAGAUGCAGCAGCCAGAUUACCCAAUGGAGAAGGAACAAGGGCAGAGAUCUGUGAACUGUUAAAAGACUCUCAGUUUCUUGCUCCAGAUGUUACUAGUGCACAGGUGAAUACGGUUGUUAGUGGUGCUCUGGAUAGACUUCAUUAUGAAAAGGACCCCUGUGUGAAGUAUGAUAUUGGUCGUAAACUCUGGAUUUACCUUCACCGCAAUCGCAGUCAGGAGGAGUUUGAGAGAAUUCACCAGGCUCAAGCUGCUGCAGCAAAAGCAAGGAAAGCCCUACAGCAGAAACCAAAACCUGCCUCUAAGCCUAAGUCUGGAAGUAAAGAUGGAGGCAGUAAAAUCCCUGGAUGUCUGGAUCCAGGACAGGACGUAGGUUCUAAUCCCAUGUCACCAACUCCUACAACGCUAACGCCAAACACACCUGGAACUCCAUUGUCACCUUUACCCUGUGGAGCGGCAACACCUACAAAGACUGGACUCCCAGACACAGUCAAAGCCAGCCCAGGGGUUCUUCUUGUGUCCUCUCCCUCAUUGCCCCAGCUGGGAACCAUCUUACCCACAAGUCAAGCAGCGCCACCAGCUUCACAGCCAGUCACAUCUCAACACGCGGCUCGCAUCGUGAGUCAUCUGGCAGCCGGCUCCAUCCCUCAGGUGCGAGUCGUUUCUGCUCAGGCUGGUCUGGGCUCCCCAGCAGGAAGUCAACCAGCAACACUGGUACAUCAGACCCCUCACCAGAUCAGGAUGCCAGUCUCAGUGUCAGCCAAAGGCAUUUCACAGGCAGUGGUAUCUGUGCCUUUGAGGAGUCAAACUGGUAGUAGCCCAGUCCAGGUGCCGACCACCUUGUCUAUGUCCACUGUAACUGUGGCCAAACCUCAGACUGGAUCACCUGGUAGCCCAGCCAACAACCCUGCCUCCCCAACAGUGCUACAAGGAGUCACAAGCCCAAACAUUAAACAGGUGUCCAUCCCAGGACAACUUGGAAUGAAGUCUCCUGGGGGAGCAGGAAUUCCAAUUACGGCUACAAACCUGCGUAUUCAGGGUAAAGAUGUCCUACGUCUUCCACCGUCCUCCAUCACCACAGACGCUAAAGGCCAGACAGUGCUGAGGAUCACCCCGGACAUGAUGGCGACCCUUACCAAAUCCCCGGUUGCAACUGUCAAACUCACCCCUGAAUUCCUGGGCAGUGCCACAGCAGGCAACAAGAGCAUUUCAGCCACCCUCCAUGUAACACCACCCCACCCUUCAGCUUCCUCAGCCUCUAGUGCUGCAUCCACAGAAGUACAGACCACUAAGGUGGAGACAGGUCCCAUUACCUCCACCUUAUUGAAGGCUGCAGGAGACACAGCUAUACGUCUGAUGCCUACGUUGGCCGUCACUGUGGCUGACCAGAAGUCUAGGACUUUCUCCACUGUGACCUCUCCUGACAAGAGUGGUACCACCAUUCGGAUAAUGCCAGGACUAGGUGUUAUUCCGCAAAAACAUGGUCAGACCAUCAAAAUGACAACAGCCACUGGCAGUAAGCCACUCGCAUCGUCUACAUGCGCUAAUGUAGUGACAAUGGCUGCCAGCGUUGUAGCGGGCACCAAGGGGAUCACGGUGGCUCCGGGGGCCUCAGGCUCACCGCUGACGCUGGGAACAGCUACAGCCACGGUGCGUCAUGUUCCUCCACCAGUGGUUACAACACAAACGGGGAAGUUACCCACUCGUAUCACUGUUCCCCUCUCAGUUCUCAACCAACCACUGAAGAGCAAAAGUGUAGUGACCACACCAAUUGUGAAAGGAAGUCUUAACACAAAUAUCAGCAACCUGGGCAGAAACAUCAUCCUGACCACCAUGCCUGCAGGGACGAAGCUGAUUGCAGGGAACAAACCAGUCAGCUUUGUUACAGCACAACAGUUCCAGCAGCUUCAGCAGCAAGGACAGGCCACACAGGUCCGCAUCCAAACAGUUCCAGCACAGCAGCUCCAGCAGCACAUAGCAACAAGCUCACCGAAGUCUGUUUCCACAGUGGUAGUCACAACAGCACCCUCACCCAAAUGCUUGCCCGAUCCCCCACCUCCGCCUCAACAAUGAUCGCAUGCAAUCAGCCAGCAAUGAAUUGUAGGUUCAGUUUACAUUGCAUCUAAGUUUUUCCUUUGUUAUAAAUACAGUGGGCUCAUAUUCAGGUUAGGACGUUGGCUGAUGGCGGCUGGCUUUGCAAAGGUUUCAUUAUUUCUAGUAUUUUGAAAAUCCUCCAUUGUUGUUGCAUAAGUACAGUGCAGAAAAACUCACUAGACUGUUUUUCAUAGUUUGAACCUGUUGCUGUUUGGAAGAUUUUACAUAAAUGUAACCAGAAAGUUGCAUUUUAAUUUAAGCUAAAAUAAUAUUGAAUAUUUCUGUGAAACUGUCAACGUUUGUCAGACCUAACGUAAUGUUAAGAAAUGAAAGCGGAGUCUUGUCAUGUUUCUUAUGCUAAAGCAUUAUUUGUUUUCUUGCUUGGUGUUGUACAAUAUACAAAGUACCAAAAUGUAAAUCUGAAUGUGCAAGAAGCAGCGUCUAACGAGGAAUGGGUGAGGAUGCAUGAAAAGAUUUGCCUUUAUUGAAAAUGUGUUGGUGAUUACACUGAAAGUGACCAGAGAAGUUAAGUCACUUUACUUUUGUGUUCAGAUCUCAAAUCCUGGUUGUAAAUCUGGAUCUAUUUAAUUGGUGUAAUUUGUUUUCCUAAAACAGACACAUUAAAGACCUCUUUAAAAGCA